AUGAAAUAGACAUACAAUCCAAAUAGAGAAUACCUAUCAAUUUAUAAAUAAAUUUGUUAAGAACAACAUGUACAUUUAAGCAAAACAAUAAGUAUAUUUUUGGAUAAUAUUAUAUAGCAUAGGGUUUAAAGGAUCAAUCAUUAAGAUUGAAUGCUAUUUUAAUAAGAAUAGAAGAUAUAAUUCCAUUAUAAUUAUUAUUAAGUUUGUGUCAUUUUGAUUCAAUUAUUGUAUAUGGUAGAUUAAGAAAGAAAAUGAAUAAAAGUAUAAAUAAGCUUAAAUUUUAUAAUAGAUGAUUUAGUAAGUUUAGAGGAAUUACAAUAGAUAAUAAAUGGAAUAUUAACAGCUAUUAAUUUAAAUUUGACAUAAAGUUAAUUCAAUUUAAUGCAAAUACAUAUUACUGAUUUGAUUUUGAGUCCAAAAGAUUGUGAAUCUAUAUCAUUUGGAUUAAAGAGUACAAAAACAUUAAAAGAACUUAAGAUUACAAAUUGUAGUUUAACAAGUUAACAUUUAUAAAUAUUAUCUGAACCAAUUUAAUAAUGUGUUUCAUUAAAUUUAUUAGAUUUAUCCAAUAAUUUAUUAAAAGAAAAUGCUGGAAUGAUAAUUGGUAAAAUAAUAAGUUCACAUGCAGGAAGAAGAGAUGAAAUGAAAUGGGCAGAAGAAAUAAGAGGAGAUGGUAAUAUAAUAAAUAAUAAAAUAUUAGAACCUCCAUAAUAAUUGGCAUUAUAAGGAUUAUGUGAAAUAUUUUUACAUUAGAAUAUGUUUGAUGAUAGAUGUGUAAAAGAUUUGUGUAAUUUUUUAAUGUAUGAUUCAUGGACAAAGAAUAUUGGUUUAAGAGAAAAUCAAAUAGGAGAAGAAGGUGUUAAAUUAUUUAGUUAGAUUUUGGAUACAAANCUUAUUAAUUAAUACAUGUUCUCAAUCCUAUUAUUAAUUUAGAAAGUUAUUCAUUUAAUUCUUUAAUAUUACUAUUCUUUUCAAGACUAUCAAUUACUAAUUUAAUAAGUCUAAUAAUUUCUUUUUUAGAAGCUUCUUCUUUAAGAUGAGCUUAUUCAUAUAAAUAACUUUAAACGGACAUCAUUUCACCACUUAACUUCAUAGUAGACUGUGUAUUUUAUCUACUCUUAUAUAACUUGA